CUCCCUGGCCCUGGCCUUGUGUGGAGGAGGCCAAUCAGUGGCAGGUUCUGGGAUUGUGUUCCAGGGUAGCAGCUUCCAAGGAGCAGGCGGCAUAGACAGUUUAUGGGGUGCUGGGAGAUGCUGAAGCCGGAAGUGGAGGCCCUUGUCUUGUGGGCAGGAAGUGUGAGGCGGACAACUGUGCAACAGAAAGUGUUCCCGGAGCAGGGGAGUCCAGGAGAGUCCGUAAAGGCUAGAUAUGAAUUUCCAGUUCCCACCAUGGCUUGUGCACCUACUAAUUCAUGAAAUGGGAUUGUGAAAACGGACACUACCAAGGGCUUCAUCUCAGCUUUGGCUCUCUGGAUGAUGGGUGACAAUAGACCCUCAGACCACCCCAGGCCCAGGGAAUUUCUCAACAUCCGCCUGGAAGACAACCUACAGCCCUACCCAGGGGCAUGUCCAGAUGAAAUACGUGGCCAUCCAGGCCCUUCCGAACCUUGCCAGGAACAGUCCUGGCCCUUUGACCCCCCAGAAUCCACCAGGCGUGAUGCUCAUCUCGGUAGCUCUGUUGCGGAUCCCGCUCGCCUGGGAUCCCCCUCUUUCCAGGGGGAGAACAGGCAGAUGCCAGCAUCGCUGCAGCCGACGGGGGACAGCUGCUCUUUGGAGAGCCCACAGCAGAACCAGAGCUCGUCCGCACAGGUGGUGUUCUGGGCUGGCAUCCUGCAGGCCCAGAUGUGUGUCCUGGACUUGGAGGAGGAGCUGGAGAAAACAGAGGGACUCAGAGCGGAACUGAGGUGCUGCAUCCCCCCACCUUCUAAGGACUUCCUUGGUGAUGUGGGCCUGAGCCCCAGCCUGCCCAAGGAGGAUGAAGAGUCUGGAGAUGAUGGCGGUGAACCUGAGGAGGAGAACCAGGCCUGGCCGAGGGGGCAGAUGCCAGGCUCCUCCCCAGAGUGGGGUGCUGAGGAGGACAGCAUCUUCUUUGACAAUCCCCUCUUCCUGGAGAGCCCUGAGUCAGACACCAGCACUGAAGGAGAAUGCUUUUCCUGGGGGUACCCAGAUUCCCACCCAGAGAUGAAGUCUCAUAGCCCUCAGGCCCCGGAUUCUUCGCUCCAAGAAGGCACAGGGCUCUGGAGGCCAGAAAGUGAGCUGGAUUUGGGGAGCAAUACUGCUGAUCAUAGUGGGUGUGCCACCCCUCCAUUCCCUGUGCCUUCCUAUAAGCUGCACCCCUGCUUGGCCUUCGGGUCCACUGAAGGGGUUCCCACAGUACCUCCUAAUCAGGAGGGUGAGACUUCUCUGGAAGAUGGUCUUAGCCCUGGCUCACCUAAGGCACCCUCCGUGAACCACAGAUUGAUCCAGGAAUCAGAUAACUUUGGAUUUGACCCUAGACCUGCCACCACCACACAUCCUACGCAGCCUUGGGGAUCACAGACACCCCAGAGCCUCUCAGAUCUGGCUCCGCCCAUAUUUAAGGACCAGCAGGCAGAAGAUCCUUCCUGGCCCCAGGAACCUCUUAUCUCCCAGAAUGGAGGUGAGAAGGAUGCUGGCUGCUUCCAGGAGCCCAUUCCCUGCACUUUGGCCAAUUGGGGGAGCCCAGCCUCUUCACUGGAGCCCAGCUACCCAGAAUCCGAGGGCAGAGGCUCUGUCCCCAGGCCCUGCACCGUGUCUUCCCCGGAAGGCAGUCCACAAGUCCAGCUCCAUAGCUCCAAGUGGCCACAGGAUGCCUCACACUCUUUGAUCCUGGAGGAGGAUGAAUCCGAGUUAAGUUCCCUGAAGAUAGAGGAGACAGAGGAGACCCCAAACCUAAGGCAGGAGGCAGAGUGUGAAGAUCCAGCCAAGACUGAGGAAGCUUCAGCUGCCUGGCAACAUGUUCGCUUGACUUCUACAGAAGGGCUUCCCGAGAGUCCCAUGCCCCAAGCUCAAUCUCCAGAGAAAGGCUGGAGGCCAUCGUCGGGAGUCAAAUUGGCUAAUAACAUCAGAAAUGACAAGGAGGCCUGGGACCUAGCCUUGCGUCUCUAUCACCUGGAUGGUUUCCGGAAGUCUGAAGUGGCUGCCCACCUACGCAAGAACAAUGACUUCAGCAGGGCUGUGGCUGAGGCGUACUUAUCCUUCUUCCAGUUCGAAGGACAAAACCUGGACCGAGCCCUCCGGGGGUUCCUCCAGGCCCUGGUGCUCAGUGGAGAGACUCAGGAACGGGAACGGAUUCUCUACCAGUUUUCCAAACGCUUCCAUUACUGCAAUCCUGGAGCCUUCCCCUCAGUAGAUUCUAUACACACCUUGACCUGCGCCGUCAUGCUCCUUAACACAGACCUGCAUGGACAGAACAUUGGAAAGAGCAUGAGCUGCCAGGAAUUCAUAAACAACCUGAACGGUCUGCAGGACGGCAGGAACUUCCCCAAGGAGCUCCUGAAGGCCCUCUACUGGUCUAUCCGGAGUGAGAAGCUCGAAUGGGCUGUAGACGAAGAGGAUGCAGCCAGACCCGAGAAGGACCAGCCUUCUUCCUCAGCCAGCAAGAUAAGCAACCCCUUCCUCCAGAUGGCUCAGGACCCCACAGUGCCCACUUAUAAGCAAGGUAUCCUGGCACGGAAGAUGCAUCAUGAUGCUGACGGCAAGAAGACACCAUGGGGCAAGCGAGGCUGGAAGAUGUUUCACACCUUGCUGAAAGGGAUGGUUCUCUACUUCCUGAAGGGAGAGGGUCCCUGGCUGGAUGGGCAGAGUUUGGUGGGACAUCUCGUGGAUGAGCCCGUGGGAGUGCACCACUCGCUAGCCAGCCCAGCCACUCACUAUACCAAGAAGCCACACGUCUUCCAGCUUCGGACUGCAGACUGGCGUCUCUACCUCUUCCAGGCUCCCACUGCCAAGGAAAUGGCUUCCUGGAUUGCACGCAUCAACCUGGCCGCCGCCACACACUCGGCACCCCCUUUUCCAGCCGCAGUGGGCUCCCAGCGUAGAUUCGUGAGGCCCAUCCUACCCAUGAGCCCCGCCCAGAGCUCCCUGGAGGAGCAGCAUCGAUCCCACGAGAACUGCCUGGAUGCUGCCUCUGACGACCUGCUGGAUUUGCAGAGGAACCUGCCCGAACGGCGGGGCCGAGGCCGCGAGCUGGAGGAGUACCGCUUGCGGAAGGAGUAUCUGGAGCACGAGAAAACUCGAUACGAGACCUACCUGCAGCUCCUGGUGUCCCGCCUGCACUUUCCUCUGGGCGACCUGGCUCUGUGGGAAGAUCAGCUCCGGAGGGAAGCAGAAGGCACCCCGGAGCCAAAGCCCAGCCUGAAGAAGUCCCACUCCAGCCCCUCCCUGCACCAGGAUGAGGCCCCCACCACAGCCAAGGUGAAACGCAACAUCUCAGAGCGCAGGACCUACCGGAAGAUCAUUCCCAAGAGAAACCGCCAUCAGCUAUGAGGUCAUUCCCAAGAGAAACUGCCAUCAGCUGUGACGUCAUUCCCAAAAGAAACCGCCAUCAGCUGUGACGCCGUUUCCAGCUCACAGACACUGGCCUCUGCUCUGGGGUAGACCUGAGAUGAAACCUUACAUUUCCAGGGCCGUGGUGAGGGAUGAGGCAUCGUCCCUUCUGUGAUGAAGGAUGGGGCUCAUUUCCCAGUGUCCUCCAUUUCCUGGCUCUCGAGAACUUUCUUAAUCCUGCCGUACUUGCUUGCCAUCUCCCCCAUGGCAGCUCCUCCAUCCCCCAUCUCUGACCAUUCAAGAGGAAGGUUGAGUGAAGGAUGUGUCUCCACUUGCAGAAUUUGUCCCCUGUGUGCUCCAUCCCCUAAAACACAGAGUGGAUUCAUUUCCUGGGCACAUGUGGGCCUGGGUUUCUAGGAGGUAGCUUGAGGUGGUCUAGCCAGGAUGAUCACAUCACCAGAAACAGUCUUGUUUUAGAAUUAGGCCACCUGGCAGAGGAGGGUUCCAAGAGUAUAGGGCCUGACAUCUUGGUCUUGUGACCCCAGGAGCAGCAUUACUCCAGCACUGCCCACUAGGGGGCAGCCUUCUGAUAGAGGCCUUGGCUGGUUAAAGGCUCAGCGGGGGUUGUGGGGCUUCAGGCCUCUGAUCUUCCAGCGGCUUUAUUCUCCAAUCAGCCAGUGCCUCCAGGGCAGAGGAGAAGACUGCGUGCCUGAUUGUUAAUCAACAGAGCCAAGCUUGUGGCCACUCAGGCCACUCAGGAGGAGUGGGGGCCUCUACAGCUCCGUGUAGAGCUCUUGGAACAAGGAGCCUUUGUUUCCUGAGAGCAAUGAAGGUGGUUCUUCAAGUGUAGACCACUGGGGAGGGUGAGGAGGUGAAAGGGUGGUGACAGUGCCCCUUGGGAGUCUGCCUGGUGGUAAAGUGGAGAUCAGAGACCUGGGUUCUCGGCCAAACUUGGGGCACUGCCUUCUGCAGCCCUCACCGCCCCCCAAAGCCCACCCUCGAUGCCCUUCAAGGCUGCAUUCCUGAGGGUUGUCUGGACCUCUUUCUCUUUCCCGGGGCAGCUCCCAGGAAUUUGCUGCCUUGCCUUAGGAAAUCCCCUUAUACUUUGUUUUGGCUUCUUCCCAGGUAUGCCUGCUCUCCAGAGGAGGUACUGGAGACUCGGGGACUUAGGGCUGUGCCUGUAGGGAGGAGACUCGGCUCAGGGAGCAGCCACCAUUGUCUCUGUUCAGCCAUGUGUGCAGAGAGGUUUCUGGCCAACUGGGGGCCUCUGCUGCCUACCCUUCCACUGACACGUUACCUCUCCUGCCUUCCUGCUGGGCCACACAUCCUCCCUUCCAAUAAUGCUUGUCACCACUCUGAGGGCUUGGAGCUCCACAAAGUGGGGCUGGUCCUUAGGGCCAUGGCAGGGGAGUCCCUGGCCCAUGCACCCAAUGGGUGUGCAAUAAAUAGAGCCUACCAAAGAAACGUGUGUGUAAGUGUGUGAGGAAAGCAGAAGUUAGGUAGCCAGGGCUACCUGCAGUGUGCCAGGCUGCAUCUUCCUUUGCCCCUGUUUGAUAUGUUUGUGUAUGUAUAUAAAAUGUUCUGCAUGCUCAUGUGUUUGCCCCAGUCACACAGCUAAAACCUACUGAAGCUCAGAAACAUUUCUAUCUACUCAGUGUUUUUCAUUUUACAGAUGCUCUGGGACACCUCACUUGGCCAGUGCUAGGGGAUUUGAAAAGAGCACAAUGUCCCUGACCUCGUGAACUGGCAAUCUUGCCCACUAGUUCCCAGCUGUCAGUAUUAAGAUACACUUUAUCUUGCUGGAGAAGCGUCUAUUCCUAUUCCUGCCUCACAACCAGAGAUCUUAGACUCGGUAGACCUGUCAGGUGGAUGUACAUACAUGUUUGGAGCUUCUCAGGCAACUCUGAGGUCUAGCAGAGGUAACAGCCACGUGAGAGUGCAAGUCUCUCAUUGUGUUGAGAAGAAAACUUAGCGCGGGUAGAUACGGCACGGCCCAGGACUGAUGUUUACAAGCUAAGUGGGUGUGUGUGAGUUCUUUGACCUCAUUAGACACUCAUCCUGAUAUCGAAUACCAGAAUAAAAAGUAAAGGCUUGUCCACA